AACCCGCCGAAAGAGAUGGGCCUCGGCCUCGCGAGAGGGAAGAGGGCACGAAGAGCGGCGGCUGGCAAUAAAGAUCGCGUCGACCGCCCCCUUCCUCAUCCCUGUCGCGCGCGGCUUCGAUUCCGCCCUUGUUCUCCCACAGUCCCACUCCCGUCCUCGGAGAAGGAAGAGCCGCUCUGGAACCAUCUCCUCGCAUCGCACCUCCCCUGCCCCGCCUCCACGUCCCGGUCUGGAGCAGAUAUGGGUUUUUUCGGUAGAACACCUCCUGCAAGCUGCCCAGCAACCCGGCACUGCGCAGAAUGGGCCCGAAUCUACUUGAAGUAUUGCUUGUGCAGCCAGAAGGAAGGUGCUGCCCUGGCACUUGGGCUAAUCAGUGUCAUAAGCUGGGGCCUCGCCGAGGUGCCACAGAUAAUAACAAAUUACAGACAGAAGUCAACAGAAGGACUCUCUGUCGCCUUCCUUAUGACCUGGAUUGUUGGGGAUUUGUUUAACCUUGUUGGCUGCUUCCUCGAACCUGCUACUCUGCCAACUCAGUUCUACAUGGCUUUGCUAUAUACCAUGACAACACUGAUUCUUACUGGACAGACGCUAUACUAUAGCCACAUCUACCAUCGUCUUAAAGCAAAAAAAUCCAGGGCAGCUAGCAAGCCACAAAAGCAUCACCGUGGGGAUGCUUCAUUACGUGAAAAGCUUUUGGGCGCCAAGGACGGUGCGGCAUCCAGAAACAACAAUGAGUCAGAUGCUACAGUCCUUAUUCCAAGCUCACCUAUUCCUGUUAAUAUGAAAUUUGUCGACCAAUGCCAUGGAAGCAGCCCCAGUACCGACUAUUACUACAUGUCAGCAAGAUCCUUGUCCAGUAGUCCAGUGCCAACUGCUGGUACAUGGUUGGGCAGUAAUCGUCAAUCAUCAAGGACUCCCCCACAAACGAAUGAUCAAAGGGGAUCUUUAGUUGGUGAGAUCGCUCCAGCACAUUCUGCACCAUCUACUGUAACAAAAAAUGCCCUCUCAGUGGCACCAUGGAUGGGUCUUCUAUUGGGUAUGUGUCUCUUGCACAUUUUAGUUGGAAACACACAUAGGGAAAUGCCAAGUGGAACUGUCAUACCAGUUGGAAGAAGGCUUUUACUGUUUGUGGAUGAUCAUGGAAAUUCAUCUCUCAGCCAUGGUAGUGGAAGUGAAAUUGGAAGCUUUCUUGGUUGGGCUAUGGCAAUAAUUUAUAUGGGUGGGCGGCUUCCCCAGAUUUUGUUAAAUAUGCAAAGAGGCCAUGUUGAGGGGCUGAAUCCAUUAAUGUUUGCCUUUGCUUUAGUGGGAAAUUCAACAUACGUAGGAAGUAUACUUGUAAAUAGCAUGGACUGGUCGAAACUUAGACCAAAUCUCCCGUGGCUUGUAGACGCUGGAGGAUGUGUUUUGCUGGAUUCUUUUAUUAUUCUUCAGUUUCUUUAUUUCCAUUAUCGGAAGCAAAGGGAGCCUUCGGAUGAGCAUGACGAUGCAGAUAAAGCUUAACUGAUAGAGAUCGUUUCUUCUCCGGUCCAAAGGACUUGCAAUCUGAGUGCUGUGUAAAUCUGAGUGUCGUGAUAGACUGAAGUACGGAGAUAGAACCUAUGCAUAUUCAGCAGAACUGAAGCUGAAAUGGGUACCUCAUACAACAGGCUUUGGGUAGCAGCAUCAUUGUUACCUGAAGACCACCAGUCCACCGCUCACCCUCGGGACAGUUUUGGAGCGUCAUUUCACUGGUUGCUGCUUGGAGGGCAGUUCUCACGGCGUCAUGUCUUGUGGAGAGGCUUGUGCACUUUAUUUGUCUUGUAUGUAGUAUCAAAAUGUCUUGUAUUACAUUACAUUUAUCUAUAUCAGAUAUUAGAUGUCGGCUGGUCUGCUUUUGUUUUAUAUUCAUUUUUCCCUUCCUGAUAUUUUGUGCUGCAGAAACUUGCACGAGAAAUGUAUAUUCGUCGAAUGAAAAUGUGCUGCUUCUCGUUUAA